UAAUCUAUCGAUUUCCCUCACGUGGUAGCCACCGAUAUGCAUUAGCGGCUUUGUACCACGUUUGGCAAUUGUUUAUUUUUGUUUACCUUUAAAUAUUUUAUAACCAUGCACCUGCCGCAGCAGAGACCGCACCACGACAUCGCUGCGCUGUUCGCGGAAGCACAAUCGGAUUUCGUGCGGGUCAGCGCUCCAAUGGUGCGCUAUAGUAAGCUGGAAUUUCGGCGUCUAGUACGUCUGAAUGGAGUACAACUAGCGUUUACACCCAUGAUGAUCUCGGACUCCAUUAACAAUAGCGAAAAGGCCCGCCAGAACGAGUUCUCCACGGGUGCAGAUGAUCAGCCGCUGAUCGCUCAGUUUGCGGCCAAGGAUCCUACGGAAUUCGUCACAUCCGCCCAGCUCAUCUACCCAUAUGUCGAUGGCAUCGAUCUAAACUGCGGAUGUCCACAAAGCUGGGCAAUGGCGAAGGGCUACGGUUGCGGAAUGCUGCGCCAGCCGGAGCUAGUGCAUCAAGUGGUUCAGGAAGUGAGGCGCACACUGCCUGGGGAUUUCAGUGUCUCGGUGAAGAUGCGUCUGCUGGGAGGUGAGGAGUCCUUGCAGCGCACUAUCGAUUUAGCCCGCCAGUUGGAGCACGCGGGCGUCACCUUUCUAACACUUCACGGUCGGACGCCAGCCCAAAAACACUCGAAGGACACGCUAGACAUCCCAUCCAUGUCCCAGGUGCGCCAGUCCCUUCAGAUCCCCCUGAUAGUCAACGGUAAUGUGGAGAGCUACAGGGAUGCUUGCGAUAUGCAUGAACAGACGGGUGCAGCUGGUGUAAUGGCUGCUCGAGGCUUGCUUGCUAAUCCGGCUCUCUUCAAUAGAAGCUAUCCAGAGGGCAAAACAACGCCAUUGUCCUGUGUACAACAGUGGUUGGAUAUAGCCUCUGCUGCCAGGGAUAACCUGCUGUUUCAGUGCUUUCACCACCACCUCACCUUCAUGUAUAGCGCUCACAUGAAACGAGAUCUUCGAGUGCAAUUCAACAGUUUGGGUUCCAAAGAACAGGUCGUCGACUUCCUGAAGAAGCACUACAAUCUGGAAUACAGUGAGGACGACACACCAUCGGCUGACUACACGGAUUGCACGUACACCCACUUCACACCGCCCAAGCACGCCCGGCACAUUGCCGCCGAGUCGGAUGAGCAGGCCUGGAGUUCGAAAAGCGACGGAAAGUUCUUUACGGAAUUCAGAGCACAUCAGUUGACCGGAACUGGCGGAGAAGAUUUGGAACUGGGAGGACUCUUUGGUGACGAGGAGUAAAUUGUUUUAUAAAUAUAUCACUAGUUUGGUGGGGCAUAGAUUUUGUACAUAACAAAUAGAUUGAUAUCUAAUAUAUUUAAACACUUUAUAGUGAAAAAACAA